AUGUCGUCGUCACUGGUUCGUCCUCGUCCUCGUGUUAUGGUCAAUGGAAUAAGAAGAAUGAGAACCUUCCGUUUCUUCUGGUGCCGCCAUUGCCAACAUACUGUAAGAAUUGCCUCUUCUAACCCAUAUGGACUUCAAUGUCACUAUUGCUCCAAUGAGCUCAAUCAUGAGCUCGAUGUAUUAAGGCCUGCAGCCUCCCUCAAUAACCACCUUCAUCAAGCCCUAGAACCUUCUCCCACUGCCCGGUUACUUCAAAACCUUGCUCUAGCCCUCGAUCCUCCCCCUCCGAGGCACCACGGACGACUUCGAUGGCAAAUCGAAACCGACAAUGAGCCUGUUGAUCAUCCGCGGUCUUGGAUCACCCUCCAGUUCGACAGACCGCCAAGACUUGUAGUCCCUGUGCCACAAAAUGCCACCCUCGACGAGGAUCAUACUAAUAACGCUACUACUUUCGAGGAAGCAACAAAUGAGGUUCAAAGUGAGCGUCGAGGGCCGCCGCCAGCACCCGGUUGGGCAAUCGAAGGAUUGCCGACGGUGAAAGUCACGGAAGAGGGGUUGGUGAAGGAACCUGGUUGCCCGGUUUGCAAAGAAGUGUUUGUGGUUGGUGGAGAAGUGAGAGAAAUGCCAUGCAAACAUGUGUAUCAUUCUGAUUGCAUUGUCCCUUGGCUCAGCUUACACAAUACUUGUCCAGUUUGCCGAUAUGAGCUUAUUAACAAUGGGAUCGAUGAUGAUCGAAAUCCUGAAAAUUAUUACGCAGAGGAGGAGGAAGAAGCGGUGACGUCACGAUAUUGGUGGUGGAAUCAGUUCCUUUCCUUGUGGCCAUUUCGUGCAUUAGUUCAUUGGAGGCAAGGUUACCUUGAUAACCAAGCAAGGCCUCAAGGUACUCAAGUUUAA